AUGGAGGACAACCAGGACACUGGCCCCAAAGGGGACAGUGAUUUUGUUUCUGAUAAAAUAAGUUUCAAAAUAGAGGAGGAAGAAGAUGAUCCAGUCCCCAGUCACAGUUUGGAAGGAGUGGACUUUCAGAGUGAGCAGGAGGACAUGAGGCACAUGGACAGUGGUGAGGAGCAGGCGGAGGGCGGGGUGGGCCUUGCCUACCGGCCCCCCGGGAAGUGCUUCCCUGCCGAGGGCGAGGAUGGCUACCGGGCUCUGUUUUCCCAGUACAGCAGCACGCUGUACAGCGUGGCCAUGGAGGCCGUGACCCAGAGCCUGCUCUCCAGCCACCACGUCAGCUCCAGGAAGAAGUUUCCAGCAUGGAAGCAUUUCUUCAUCUCCCCCGGAGACAGCACGAAAGCAAUAUGUAGGUACUGCAUGAAGGAGUUCAGCCGGGGCAAGAACGAGAAGGACCUGAGCACCAGCUGCCUCAUGCACCACGUGCAGCGGGCGCAACCCACCAAGCUCGGGCUGGAGAGCAGCAGCGUGUCCGCAGGCUCCUCCUUUCCCUCGACCUCGCUCCUGCUUCCGCCGCAGCCUGCAGACGUGGGGGACCUGGGCUCCACUCUUCCUCCUGUCAGACUUGCCCAGAAGAUGACAUCUACGAUCCUGUCCCCUGACCACAUGCAGGAGGAGCCCGUGUCCAUGGUCUCUUCUGAAGUCCCUGACGUGCCGGUCACUGAGAAGUACAGCAGAGAGGAGGCCCUGGCUGGGUCUUCCCCCCGCCUCGCGGCGCUCCAUUAUGAUGAGACCACAGAGGGCAUGGCGGAGAGAAGCCUUCGCCCUCCCAAGAGCACGUCCGGGUCCAGGAGGAGGUCGGUCAUCUGGAAGCACUUCUACCUGUCUCCACUGGACAGCUCCAAGGCUGUCUGCGUGCACUGCAUGAACGAGUUCAGCAGGGUCAAGAACGGGAAGGACCUGGGCACCAGCUGCCUCAUCCGCCACAUGUGGCAGGCGCACCACUCCAUCGUGCUGCAGGAGAACGGCGGCGGCACAGGCCUCCCGCCCCUGUACCCUACGUCCCCCACCCUGCUGCCCGCCCUGCUGCCUCCAGAGGGGGAGCCGGACUCUGUGUCCUCCUCUCCAGGAAAACCGGUCCAAGAGUGCCCCUCGGCCUCCUCGUCCCUGGACAGGCUGACUGAGGACCUGCUGUUGCACGCACACCCUGCAGGUGCACUUGGGGACGCAUCCGUGCUGUCGUCCUCUGAGGAUGUGGGCGAGGCCUCUGUGGGCACCUCUCCUGAGCAGCAGGCCAGCGGGCUGAGCCUGAGAAGGUGUGAGUCUGGUGCCGUCUUCCAGCAGAAUAAGAAAGUCAUGAAGAGGCUGAAGUCGGAGGUGUGGCACCACUUCUCUCUGGCCCCCACGGACAGUCUGAAGGCCGUGUGUCGGUACUGUGACUGCGCCAUCAGUCGCGGGAAGAAGGGGGAUGUGGGCACCAGCUGUUUGAUGCGGCAUCUGUACAGACGCCACCCCAAGGUGGCCAGGACCCAGAAGGGCUUCCUGGGUGUGAGUUUGGCAAACUCUCCAUAUGACACUUUGGCUUCUGCAGAAAGUUCCUCCUCCAAGUUAUCUGUCUUGCCAGCGGUGGUCAGAAGAAACCAAGUCGUGUUUCCUGUCAGCAGCAAGAAGACAUCAAAGCUGUGGAAUCACUUCUCCCUGUGCUCUGCGGACUCCACCAAGGUGGUGUGUCUGCACUGCAGCAGAACCAUCAGCAGGGGCAAGGAGCCCACCAACCUGGGCACCAGCUGCCUCCUGAGGUACCUGCAGAGGUUCCAUGUGCUCAAGACUGACGUCCACCCUGAGACCACCCCGUCCCGCUCUCCAGGCGCCCUGGGGCCACUGAGCACGGAGUUGUCAAGCACUUCCUCCUUUGAUGACCCCAGUGAAAAGUUUUAUGACUCUCACCCAGUUGCCAAAAAUAUCACCAGUCUGAUCGCAGAGAUGCUCGCCCUUGACCUGCAGCCGUACUCCUUCGUGGACAGCAUGGGCUUCAGCAGGCUGCUGGAGUACCUGAAGCCCCAGUACUCGAUGCCCUCCCCCUCCUACUUCUCCAGGACCGCCAUCCCCGGGAUGUACGACAGUGUGAAGAAGAUGGUUCUGUCGCAGCUGAAAGAGGCCGAGAGUGGCGUGGUCCACUUCAUGUCAGGAAUAUGGACAGGCACUCAGACCCGCGAGUACCUGACCCUCACCGCCCACUGGGUCACCUUCACGUCCUCGGCCUGCCCGCACUGUGAGGACCACCACUGCUGGGCACUCCUGGACGUGUCGCAGAUCGACUGUGACUACGGGGGCGGCAGCAUCCAGAAGCAGCCGGAGUGCUGGUGGGACGCGUGAGUGACCACCAUCGGCCUGCAGGUCGGCAUCACUGUCACCGACAACCCGAGCGUCGGCAAGAUCCUGGAUGAGGCGGAGCACUCCAGCGUGCCCUGCUUCAGCCACACGGUGGACCUGAGCGUGAAGGAGGCCGUCAAGAGCCAGAGGAUGGUGCAGAACGUACUGAGCAUCGCUCGGAAGCUGUGCGAGCGGGUCCACCAGUCCCCCACGGCCAAGGAGAAGCUGGCCGUGCUGCAGCGGGAGUACGGGCUGCCGCAGCACCCCCUCAUCCAGGAUGUGCCGUCCAGGUGGAGCACCUCCCUGCACAUACUGGAGCGGCUGCUGGAGCAAAAGCGGGCCAUCAACGAGAUGUUGGUCAAGUGCAGCUUCCGAGAACUCCUCAGCUGCGACCAGUGGGAGGUCAUGCAGUCCGUGUGCCAUGCACUGAGGCCCUUUGAUGCGGGGAGCUGGGAGAUGAGCGCCCACGUGUCCACUCUGAGCCAAGUCAUCCCCAUGAUCCACAUUCUCAGCAGGAAGGUCGAGAUGGGGAAGGUCUUUGGGGAGACCAUGGGCAUCGACAGCAUGCUGAAGUCGCUGAAGGAAGCCAUGGCGAGCCGCCUGUCUGCCAGUCUCCACGACCCCAGGUACGUCUUUGCCACGCUGCUGGACCCUUGCUACAAAGUCUCCCUGUUCACAGAGCAGGAGGCGGAGCAGCACAGGCAGGAUCUAAUCAGGGAGCUAGAAAUCCUGGAUUCUACCUCAGAGGACACAGCCACCUCCGAAGGCUGUGACUCAGGGCCCCCGCUGAGAGACUCUGGUGGAGGAGAGAGCCUGUGGUCGCUGGUGGCCAAGGUGAAGAGGGGAGACCAGCGGGAGCGGCUGCCUGAAGAUGUGGUGCUGGCCUACCUGGAGGAGGAGGGGCUGGACCACAGCUGUGACCUGCUGGCCUACUGGAACCUGAAGAGGGUAUCCUGGCUCGGGCUGUCCACCUUGGCCGUCAGAUUUUUGGGCUGUCCCCCCAGUACUGUCCCAUCCGAAAAGCUGUUCAGCACGUCCACAGAGAACGGCAGCUUUGGCCAGCCCCAGCUCAUGAUGGAGCAUUUUGAGAAACUCAUCUUCCUGAAGGUGAACCUUCCCUUGAUAUACUUUCAGUAUUGA